GAGGGCGUAGGGAGCAUGUCAAUCAUUCGUUACCCUCUAACCUGGUGUGCUGACGUGGACCAAUGGCGAGUGAGCGCGUCAGCGGAGUUGCUCCCGGCAUCCUCCGGCGCGGCGAUGGCGGACAGCGGGCUCGGCGAGUGGUACCGCGGCAUCCCCCCGGUCACCCGCUACUGGUUUACGGGCUGCGUGGUUUUGCCGGUGUUGGAACGGCUCAACGUGGUGAGCGGAAGGUCCCUGGUCCUGUGGUCAGAACCCUUUUUCAACAAUUUCCAGAUAUGGAGACCUGUGACAGCAUCCCUGUUUUACCCUAUGGGAUUCCAUUAUUUGAUUCAGUUGUACUUCCUGUAUUCAUAUUCCUCCAGCUUGGAAAGAGGAUUCUUUGAUGGGAGGACAGCCGACUAUAUAUUUAUGUUGUUUUUCAACUGGAUUUGCACAGUGAUUGUUGCAUUACUCAUUGGAAUGCCUAUAUUAUUUAUCCCACUAAUUCUGACGAUGGUUUAUGUAUGGGCACAACUGAACAAAGACCAGAUUGUGACAUUUUGGUUUGGGAUGACAUUUAAGGCUUGUUAUCUACCAUGGGCUCUGCUAAUAUUCAAUUUUAUACUGAGAAAUGCGAUAAUGGAUGAGCUGGUUGGUAUCUUUGUUGGCCACAUGUACUACGUUCUUAUGUUUAAAUACCCUCAAGAAUAUGGAGGAAGAACAUUUCUUUCUACACCACAAUUUCUGGUCCAUUGGUUUCCACCAAGGAGAGGUGGUGUAUCUGGUUUUGGAGUCCGGCCAGCUAGUAGAAGACCAGAAGCUGAAGAUCAGGGAGCUCGAUGGGGAAGAGGGUAUUUCUGGGGCCAAGGUCAAAGGCUAGGAGACAACUGAACUUUAAAAAAAAAUACUUGCAGCCCCACAAAAGUAGCAUUUGAAUCACUUUCUGUACAGUGUGUUGCCUGACAGUAUCUUGUAUUCUGAAGUUAAACCUGAAGGAUUAGAAAUGACAAGGGAUACCUGUAUAAGUACAACUUUUUUGAGUAAAGAAAUAAAAUAUUAAUAUAGAACAGUAUAAAUGUAUACUCGCAGUUUGUAGCUGCCAGGAAUCUAAUUUUAAAGUGUUCUGUCUUACAUUCAAGAUUUUUAUAGUUGAUCAAAGUUCCUAAUCCAUGCAGCCAGAUAGUCUUCCAAUUACAACAGAUUACAGUUAACUACCCAUUGUAACAAGGAUAUCAUUCUUCCAACCUUCUUUCCUACACUAUUCCACAAAUUGGCAGGAUAUUAAUAAUUGAAAAAAUUGUGCCCUAUGCGUGGUAGACUCUAUAUGUACCAGGUUGGAUGAGCAGGCAGGCGGCAGGGGAAUUGUCAGGAUGAAUCAGCAACAGGCAUUUUGCUCUUGUGCUAAUGGCAGAGUGAAAGAAUGUUGCUUUCUCUUGUAGAAAUUUUGAUUAAAUGGUUCCUUGUGUUUCUGUUUAGCACAGAUGGAACAUUUAAGUCUUCCAGCUGAGAAAAUUAGUUAAUUUUGUGUAUGCAGUGUUCUUUUGUGCAUUUCUAUAGUACUUUAAUACAGAUGUCAAAAUUAUCAUCAAAUGGUCUCUGUUCUUGUGUUUGAGAACCAAAAUGGUUUGGUUGAUCCUUCAUCAGUCAGAAUCCACUUCCUUGAGAACAAGGCAGGAAAAUAGCAAUUCAAAGUGAUCCUGGUUUGCUGUCCUUGAUCAGGCCUAUUGCUCUUUUUAAUUGGUUACCGAAUGGAAUCAACUGUGGAACGUCGUGGAAUUAACUUGUUUAUCCUUGGCCCCAUACUUGAUAUUGUGGUGAGGUAAUGCAUGUUUACCUCAUCGGUGGUAUCACAAAUCAACCUCAGUGUGGAUAUUUGUUACUUGGCACCAUGGUUUAAUUUUCUAUCUGAUUUGAAGGUAGUGAUGGCUUCUUGCAUUUUGUCACCAAAAGUGCCAAAAUUUCACAUCAAAGUUUGCAUAGGCUAUUAGAAAUGUGAGGAAAAAGCUGAAGGUGUCAAAUGGAAUAGCAAGAGGUCAGAGGCUUCUGACAACCUCCAUUUACUUGCACUAUGCCUGAGAGAGAGUAUUUUAACAGUGUUGCAAUUGAAUUUAAUACCACCUUAGGUUGAAGAGAACAAAAUUGUAAGUCCCUCUGAUCCAUAAUCCACUUAUAAAUUAACAGUUGUGAACCAGAAAACUUUCUACCAGUAGGACAUGGAAACGUGAUUAAAUAUUGUCUUGCUAUGUCACAGCUUGUGCAGGGGAAUCUCCAACCCACAGUCACUUGGGGCUAAGCUGGGUGAGAGUGUGGGGUUAGUGAAUUAAACACUGAAAAGCCAAGAGUUAUUUUAUCUAUGUUUAUACUUCAAACACAUUUUAUAAUCCUAGCUGAGGAAAAUUUAUGCUCCCAGAAUAUUUAAGAUGAAGCAAUUUUUUUAUUUUAGUUUUAUUUAGCUUUUUUAUUACUUGUGGAAAAAUUAAUCUUGAUUCAAUAUGAAUUGGGCUUUUGUGUUAGUCUGUUUCAUUAAGGGUGAAUGUAAACAUGAAUAAAAUAUAUUGGUGAAUCUCUCA